CUUAAAAAAAGAAAAAGAGGAGGAGCUCCGCGAAGGAGACGGACAAAGAUUGAUUUCGGGGAAUGCGUCCAAGGCCAGCUCCGAACGCGCCCCCGUCCAGAUCCAGGCUUACUUCCACCGCAGCAGCACCUCUUGCAGUCUCCGUCGUAUCCGUCCUCCGUCCGAACUCAUUGGCUUCCUUUUUCUUUCGUUGAGAGGCAGCAGGGUGCCAGGGUGAUGGGGGUGAGGAGUCUCGGAUUGGGGGUGUUCUUGGUCCUGUGUCUCAUCCCUUUCUUCCGCAAUACUGCGGCCAUCCGCUUCGUGAUCGACAGGGAGGAGUGCUUCUCCCAUAACGUUGAUUACGAAGGGGAUACGGUUCAUGCAUCCUUCGUUGUCAUCAAGGCGGACACCCCGUGGCAUUAUACCGAGGAUGGCGUGGAUCUUGUGGUUAAAGAUCCUAAAGGCGAUCAAAUCCAUGAUUCUCGUGACAAGAUUAGCGAUAAGUUCGAAUUCAUAGUUCAAAAGAGAGGUGUCCAUCGCUUCUGCUUCACUAAUAAGUCACCAUAUCAUGAAACUGUGGACUUCGAUGUGCAUGUUGGCCACUUUUCAUAUUUUGAUCAGCAUGCCAAAGAUGAGCACUUCGGCCCCUUGUUCGAUCAAAUUGCGAAGUUGGAUGAAGCCCUCUACAACAUUCAGUUCGAACAGCACUGGUUAGAGGCCCAAACAGACCGCCAAGCAAUAUUAAACGAGAGCAUGGGCAGGAGGGCAGUUCACAAGGCACUCUUUGAAUCAGCUGCCCUAGUCGCAGCCAGUGUUGUGCAGGUCUACCUAUUGCGUCGUCUCUUCGAGCGUAAGCUGGGUACUUCUAGGGUCUAAUUCUGUGAUAGUAGGUUUUCUUAUACUCAGGAGCCCAACAGGAUUUCGAUACUGCAUAAUAUUGUUGCAAGAUUCGCUACAUCCUGUUCAGGUGUUCAUGAUUUUUCAUUCCAGAAUUUUGUAAUUCAGUUGACACAGUGCUGUGCAGCAUUGAUUUGCCUUGUACAAUCUUUCCACGUCCAGUUUCAAACCAAUUUUUAUAUCU